UGUUGAUGUCGGCCCAGGAGGUCCGAAAGAGGUGAAUAGAGUAAAGAGCAGUUCCCUUGUUUUAACGAAUCAGAUAGAUCUCAUUGUUGUUGGCCUACUUAGCUUAGCACAAGGAAGGAGGCGUUGACAUAUUUUUAUCAUCAUCGUAUAUGCUCGUAGGAACCGGUGACGGAGGGCGGAAUUCGAAAUUAAACUUUCGUCUCCGUAUAGUCAAAUUAUCCAGAGAUGCAAUUGUAAAACCGAAAAUUAUCUAUUCAGUUUUGGUGUCGGUGAUAUAUGGCGUACAGGAGGAAACAGCAGGUUACGAGUCCUCCUCCAACACUUGCCGAUGAGUGUUCUUCUUCAUCAUCUCUGGCUGCUAAGGCCAUAAGAGCAUCAUCUGCCUACAAAGACUCUUCUCUUUCCUCCGCUUAUGGCCAGUCAGCUCUUUCAUCUCCUCGCGGUUCAUCUCCUGGCGACUCAAAUCCGUUACGCUCUUCAACAGCAUACAAAGACUCUUCUCUGUCACCCGCGUAUGCUCAAUCAUCUCCUCGCCACUCAAAUCCCUUAUCAUCUUCUGCUCCAGUUUCAACACCUAAGGAUUCGUCCAGCUAUGAGUACACAUCAAUGAAAAACUUUGGUGAAUCAAAACAAGGGAUUUGGGGAGUAUUGGCGAGGAAAGCUAAAUCUAUUAUUGAUGAUAAUAACACAGACCAACCACAAGUAAGCGAAGUAAGAACGAGGAUUCAACAUAUGCCUGAUAGUGCGACCAUUGGUCAGCAAUAUGACAGAAACCAGUUGCCUGAAAGCCGUAGAAAAGCUGAGGGCCGUAAAUUACAGAAGGGAUUAGAUGCUCUUGCAUCUUCCCUUAAUUAUAUUGGUGGGACCAUCGGGAAUGCUUUUGAGGAGGGUCUUGCAGUUGUGGAGAAUCGUACCGCAGAUAUCAUUCAGGAAACUAGAAAGCUGCAAAUAAGGAAAAAAGAUAGCAGCUCUGUUCCGCAGAAUAAUGCUUCAAUUAGCGGUACACGUCAGCAACCUCCGAUGCGGGCCCACAUGCAACCCCAGACACAGACAGAUUUGGAAACUCAACUCAAAGCAUCUCGCGACGUUGCAAUGGCAAUGGCUGCAAAAGCAAAGCUUCUUCUUCGGGAGCUGAAGACUGUGAAAGCUGACCUGGCUUUUGCUAAGGAACGUUGUGCACAGCUGGAAGAAGAAAAUAGAAUUCUUCGUGAUAGUCGUGAAAAGGGCGGCAAUCCUGAAGAUGAUGAUUUGAUAAGGCUCCAGCUUGAGACACUUUUGGCAGAGAAGGCCAGGUUGGGUCAAGAGAACUCAGUUCUAACACGGGAGAACCGUUUCUUGAGGGAGAUUGUGGAAUACCACCAGCUCACUAUGCAGGACGUUGUCUACCUCGAUGAAAAUAGUGAAGAGGUGACUGAAGUGUACCCCAUGAAGGUUGUAAGUCCACAACUGACCAAGGAUAUCUCAUCUCAUCCUGUGUCAUCCUCGGAGCCGAAGGAGGUUUCGUGUGAUGUCACCUCUCGGAGCUCUUUUAUCCAAAUUCCUGCUGAAGAUGAUUCAGGAAGACACUGAUUUCCAGUUACUGGGAUGUAUUGCCUUUGAUCUCCUCCAACCAGAAGUGUGAAUGGGUGUUCAGUGUGAUUUCUUUUGGUUGAACCUGGUCAUCCCGAAACAUAAUAUGUAUUACUAUUAACUUUCUUGUAUCAUUUUUUGGUUAUUUUCUUGGUAGGGAAGGGAAAAUGCACUGGGGUUGGGGAGAACGUGAAUUGUAGCUUGUUAAGUUAUUGUAAGCUUGCUGGUUCUCUCUGCAACGAUGGGGAUGUCCUUUUGCGAAUGUAUAUUAACAUGAAGAAUUAAUAUAAUGCUUCUUUAUUUGA